AUGUUAAAUUUAACUGACAUCAAAAUCCAUUUAAUUAUCCUCAUUUUUGGUGUGAUUAUCGGAAUCGUUUCAAUUUUAUUUUACAUUAACCAAACGAAUCAAAUCGAUUGUUCUUCAAAAAUUAACCAUCUUGGGCUCAAUCGAAAUGGAUCAAAUCAAUCUGUGAAUGAUCGUUUAAAAAAUCAAAUGAAAAUUUUAUGUUGGGUGAUGACUUGCCCUCAGAAUCAUUAUUUAAAAGCAUUCCACGUGAAACAAACUUGGGGGAAACGAUGUGAUGUUUUAUUAUUUAUGAGCUCAAAAAAAGACGAAAGCUUACCAGCAAUUGGGUUAGAAGUUAAAGAAGGUAGAGAACAUCUUUGGGAAAAAUCCCGAGAAGCUUUUAAGUAUUUAUACAAAUAUUACUUAAAUGAUAUUGAUUGGUUCAUCAAAGCUGACGAUGACACUUAUGUUAUCAUUGAAAAUUUAAGAUUAUUACUUCGCCAAUACGAUCCUAAAAAACCGUAUUUCUUAGGAAGUCUUAUCCAACAAAAAAGAGUUGACCUCGCAGAAUCAAAUUUAAAAUAUAUGUAUGGCGGUUCUGGUUAUGUUUUAAGCAAAGAAACCCUUCGGAAAUACAUCGAAGAAUCUUUAAACGAUCCAAAUCUUUGUUUUAACCCGGAUGUUGAAAAAAACGAAGAUAUGUACAUUGGAAAAUGCUUGGAAAAUGUUGGGGUUAAAAUGGUGUAUACUCACGAUGAUUUUGGAAGGGAAAGAUUUUUGCAUAAUCAUUUAAUUAAUAUUUGUUGUUCCGAAACGGGCUAUGUUUUGGAUUUCAUUGUGUACUGUGGAAAAAGCACCGAUAUCCACGAAAUUCCCGAUUUAGGAAUAUCUGGAAGUGUGGUCACAACGCUUUUGGAACCAUAUAUAGGAAAAGGUCAUAAAUUAUACGUUGACAACUGGUACACUAGUCCAAUAUUAUUUGACACACUUCACCAACAAAAAACUAAAGCUUGUGGUACAGAUGUAGAAUGUUGUAGUGAUUAUUUAAUCACAAUGCAUUACAUAUCACCAAAGCAAAUGUACAUCAUUGAUUACUUUUUGUACUCAUUUACUUUGCAAGGAGUUAAUUUUGUGCAAGAAAUUUUGGAUGAUAGAGGAAAAUUACCUUAUAAACCCGCCAGAAUUUUAAGCAGACUUGGUUAAUUAACUGUCAAACUCAAUUUGUCACCCCCAAAACAAUGUUUGAAAUCACCAAAAUCAUUUUAACAUUCCUUUUUGGUUUAAUAAUUGGGUUUAUUUUAACGCUUAUUUAUUUUCCCUACUUACAAAAUGAAAAUGAAAAUUCCCCCACAAGAAUAGUUCCUUCCCAA